AUGGUAGUAAUCGUCUACACUGGAAAGGCGACUCAGGAAUUUGCAUAUUUUGACCACGGAGAAUAUCCCCAUGACUCCAACUUUUGCACAGAAGUGUUACUCCGUUCACUGGUGAUCUUUAACUUCAACCCUGCUGGGCACCCAAAUGAAGAUAUUGUCAAUCUCCUCAGCUCCAUGUCAAAUCGGGAUACAUGCGCAGAGCAAGAUAUGAUAAACUUGCACGGAAAAUCUCAGACAAGAGAGAGGGAAGACACCCUUCAUACUGAAGAAGUCACAAUAGUCCACAACUUCAAGGCGAUUGUACAUGAUUGUUUCCCCCGUUACUUCAAAGGUCAUACUGAGGCACUUGGAUUUCGAUUCCAGAAGUCUAGCGGUGUGACCCAAAUGCACGUCCGUAUGCAUGCAGGAUUGGGAUGGUCCCCUAAUGCUAAGGAUAUGCAGCAUUGCAAGGAACCGCUUGGGCCAGAUCUCGGAUACUUGUGCCAGCAGGAACCCACUCUUUACAUCUGGACGCUCAGGCAGCACAAGGAGACAUCAGCCACCAGAACACAUCGAGAGGGACUCCAGCCACUAGGACAUGAAGGACUUGAAGAAUGA